AUGUGGACGCCAUCGUACGACAUCAUCGUGGAGACGUUGACCGGGUCGGAGUUCGAAGUAACGGUCAACGAUCUGGACACGGUAGGAUACAUCAAAUCGAAAAUACAGAAAUAUGAGGGAAUUCCGGUCAAUCAGCAGCAUCUGCUGUACAAACACAAGGAGCUGACCGACGCAAUGGUGAUGAAGGAUAUCCCGCUGGUGAACGGGUCCCGCCUGAAGCUCGUCCUCGGCCUAAAGGGUGGCCCCAUCUCGUCCAAACGGCUCGUCACCAUCUCCUCCGAUUGCGACAACUGGCUCGACAUGAGCGACGUGCUGUCGGGGGAAGAUUUGAUGAACCUCCAGAGCCCCGGGCUGAAGUUGCUCCUCUACAAGGACAAUAAAAAGAAUGUCCACCGUUUUAUGAAAGUGCGCGCGGAGAAGGCGGGCGAUGGGAUGAAAAGCUCCAUCUCUCGAUCGGUCAUCGGCAGUGGUGUUGCCGGCCUGGCUGGUCACGGUUCCGGCGGUGGCGGCGGGACCGGAUCCGGUCAGAUGAGUCAAAAAGAGCGUGAUAUUGCCGUUACAAAAGAGAAAUUGGCACAAAUCAAAGCAAAGUUGAGCCAGAAAAAGAAGAGACUGAACGGAGGCGGUGCACAGCCACCGGUGAAUGGCGGCGAGACCGGCUACGAUGGCGCUGACGUGGACGCCGCACGCCACACGGCAGCGAUGGUGUCCGUUCGUAACGGAUGUGACCUGAUGAACGAGAUUGACCUCAGCAAUGCCUCUCGGAGCGUGUACCGUCACAAGAAGCGUCAUAAUCAGCACUACCAUCAUCACCACCAUCAUCAUCAUCAACAACAGCAGCAGCAGCACCAGCAUCUUGAGACUGUGAUUAAGGAGGAAAAGUGCCCCAUCGGUUACCACCGGCCGACCACGGGCUACGAUGGGUCGCUACAUACGUCCGGUUCUGCCGGAGCGGCCGGCGGGCACCGCAAAUCGAUGUCGGCCGUGAUUGACUUUGGUCGUCAGAAAACGGACUCCUCGACGGUGGCUACCGCCGCCGCUCCUUCGUUCAACUAUGGUUUGGUGAAUGUAGUUCACGGUGGCGGCGGCGGAGGUGCCACGUCGGCGCGCACCCAUACGGCGUCGUCGCUGGAGCAAGAGAAGCGAUCACAGAUACGCGAGCAUUUGCAGCGCAAUCGCUCCUUCAAGACGAUCAGUGCCAAGAGUCUGGACUUUGGUCGCGAUGCGGCCGCGGCGGCGCUGCAUCUGAGUCACACACCGAGCGCGGGCCUCGAACGAUCGUUGUCGUUCCACUCGAACGGAAUCCUGAAUCGUAUGGAUUCGGAGCUGGGUGCUGGCGGUGUGCGGCGUAGUAGCGGCAGGCUCGGAGCGGCUUCUACCGGCAGCAUUAGCGCCAGCCAGGCCCGGCUCGACGGUCGAGGCCGGGUGGGCGUUGGUGGAGGUGGCUGCACCACGCAAUCGUUGCGCCAGCUGGACGAGAAAGUGUCCUCCGCCUCGCUGCACGAUCUGAUCGAGCUGCUCAAGUUCACCCCGUCCAGGAAGCAGCAUCGAACGUUCUCAAACGAUUCGCUCAAUAAGCUUGUAGUGAGCUGUCCGAAAAAGUAUGGCGCCGCGGGUGCUAUGGGCAAGAAGUCGCUACCGGAUAUCAAUCCUCCCGCACUGAACAACAUCGACGAGUACAUUGCGGACUACGAUAUUGGCAUGAAAGCGUCCAGUGGUGGCACAGCGGCAGCGGUGGCCGGUACCGGACCGCACACGGCCACGACGGCAGGCGAUUGCAAGAUCGCCUCUGCCGCGGAGCUUGCGUUCAAAAGUGGCGCGCACGCCGCCGGGGACAAGGCGUCACUCCGUGCGUUGUACAAGUCAACAUCAUCCGAUGAUGGUGGCACCGUGUACGAGCUUCCGAAGCUGCUUGUCCGCGAAGACUCCCCGGUGGAAUCGUUUCUGGCUUCCUACUCGCAGCUAGAAACGGUGGCUACCGUGCGGGGCGAUUCACCGAAAAACACCUUCACUACCUCCACCGGCAGUCUGGAAGAGAGUAGUAGUGACCACGGAGGCGGCACUACGUCGAACCUAUCGGACAGCUUGCUCGAAGUGAACCUUCCACACGGCGCGACAGCGACGACUGCGGGUACGAUCGGUGACGUUACGGCGAAAGCCAAGUUGGCUUCGGAAUCGUUGCUCAAGCUGGCGGCCGAAAUUGCUGCCGAAAGUCGCUCAACGGCCGGUGCCUCCGUCCUUCCGUCGACCAUUAGUCCUCCACCCGGUGCGACACUGUUUGGCAGCAACGGAAGUUUGAUAAGUACUCCCGGUGGCACUAAAGCGCCGCUAAUUAGUGGCGGUGGUGGUUGUUCCAGUUCCUGGUGCCACCAUUGGAACAAUCGACAGAACGCCAGUUAUUCGUAUGGACCCAGUGUCGGUCGUCACCAUUCGGAGCUGGGCAUCAACGAGCUGGAGCUCAAGUUUGUUCGCAACAACGAUCGGGUGGCGACGAUCGAACGUGUGGAUGAUAGUAGAAAUGUGAUAAAGCUGCCCGCAUUAUCGGGCCUCGAGAUCAACACCGGUGGCCGCUGGCUACAGAUGACCGCGGCCGGUGCACUGCGCUUCAGUGAUGAAGACGACCUUGGCGACGACGACGAGGACGACGACGACCAGGAGGAGGACGACGACGACGACGGGGAUAACGAGGAUGAGGAACACGAUGCGGACGAUUUUGGUGAAGAGGACGGCGGCUGCGAUCUUGUUGGCCAGCAGGUGGUGGGCGAUGUUGACGAAGCGGACCGUCGGGAGGAGCGCAUUUCGUCGUCUUCCUGUUCAUCGAUCCACCGACCACGAGCAACCUCGAACUCGACCAGCUUCAUCCACAGCCACCUGUCGAUCUCGUCCGAUGAGGACGAUCUGUUCAGUGUGGCCGAACUGGGCGGUGGGGCCGGCGGUGCUAGUUCCAACGCUUCCGGCUACAGGGCGGCCGUGGGCAGCAAAUCGAAAUCGAUCGAUCUGAACGAGUUCCGGAAAGCGUUCGGGAGCAGCCCAACGCUGCUGAACGCCCUCGGUACCGGGACCAGCGUGGGGCGGCUCGUACCACCCCAGCUGUCGCGGCUCGAAACCAUCCCGUCCCAGUAUCGGCGCGGUUACACGAACCUAAACGAUGCGUGCCUUUCGAGCUCAACGUCCGAGCUGGAGUGCGUGAGCAAUGGGGCCGCGGCGGCCGCAAAGAAAAAGCUGACUACCUUGCUGGCCCCGGACGGUACGAGCGAACUGUCGCCACUGCUGAAGCAUCGCGCAAGCAACGAGCACAUCGCUUACGUGCGGAGUAACGAAAAUCUGAACCGCUACAAGGCCCUGUUUGCGGCCACACCGUCCAAUUUUGGCGAUGGGUCUGCCCGGCGGCGUAGCAGUGAAAACGGUGAAACAGUCGGUGGCGGUGGUGAUGCCCUCUACCUUCGGCAUCAACGGCAAUCCCACGGCCUCGGGGCUAGUGCAGGUGGCGCGCGUCAUUUGCCCGGCAUCCGCGAUCAUCUGGCGAGCAUUGCUGAUUCGGCGGAGAUGGUGGGCGAUUCGAUUCACGGAAACGGCGACCGCAGUACCUGUUCGAAUUUGAACGACGAUGAGCUUGGCCGCUGCUUCACGGUCGGCGGGGACUUUGAGUGCCGCUUCUCGAGGCUGAGCUGCUGCUCGGUGGCCAACGGUGGCGCCCUUGACAAGUCCGUAUCGCCCCGAUCUCCGGACGGCAGCCGAUUGGUGACGGGUGGCGGUAGUGACGGCGCGAUGCGCAGCGACAGCAGCACGGUCGACGAUCGUAAUCGAAUGUUGUUCGGCGGUGGUGGAACGGUGAUGGAUGGCGGAAACGGAAGCUCGACACCACUCCGACGACAGUCCGACUACUAUUUCCCUUCGGACGAGAGUCUAUUCAAUAUGGAUUCGUUUUUCGAUGAUUUCGUCGAAAUUGACACGAGCGACAUCUUCGAUAGUGCUGAGUUUAUUAACAUUAGCGCCCCGCCACUAUCGCACCAUCGCCAUUUGGCGCAACAGAACCAUCAAGCUCAGCAGCAGCAGCAGCACCAUCACCACCACCAUCAUCAUCAUCAUCUGGGAACGAGAAAAAGUGUCUCCAGUUCCGGCCUGCUGCUGCCCGACAUACUGCACCAACAGCAGCAGCCGGAGCAGCCGCAGCGACAACCGCAGCAUGCCGGUCAUCACUACCAGUAUCUGCUGUCGAAAGAUCACCAACAGCAUGGUCCGCUGCGGCUCAACACAGCCGAUCGGGAUGGAGACGGAAUUCAUUUCCCCGCCUCGCGCCGCAUCGCACAGAUGCAGCAGCACCACGGACCCGGAGCGGACGAUAUCGAUCUGGACGACGAACCGGGUAUCGCGUCAAUCAUACAGCACAUCGAUCGGGAGCAGCUGUGCGAUCGGGGCGCCACCACGACGCUACCGCCAGCCAGCAGGUCGGUAGGCAACAAUAACGAGCUCGGUGACCGAAUAGCGACGGAACGGUUGCUACGGUUGCCACCACGCUCGGAUCUUGGCCUCUUCGGGUCUGCUGGGGCGGUGUUAACGUUCCCGGCCGAACCGCUUACCGAUCGGGGGCGAGACGACGACGCAGGGGCGGCAGGGCAGCCGCAUCAGCAGCACCACGCUACCGAGCAGAUUAAAUCGAAAAAGUUACGCUGCGCCCAGUGCAACAAAAAGCUCGGCGUCAUUAUGAUCAUGAAGUGUCACUGCGAAAAGAUCUUUUGCGCGCAGCACCGGUACGCCGAGGCCCACAACUGUUCGUACGAUUUUAAGCUUCAGGGCCGGAAGCUGCUCGAGCGCGAGAAUCCGCUCGUUGUGGCGGAAAAGUUGCCGAAAAUAUAAACUGCGCAUGUGAUAAAAGUAGAGCGAGGAAGGAGCACCGAAGGGAGAAGACAGAGUGUGAUGCAAAAGAAGGACCAAUGGAGUGACGAUAGUGCGUGGCGGGAGAGGGGAGACGAAUCGGGGCCAGGGGAACGGGUUUGAAACGUAAAUAUUUCACAUCUUAUAUUAAUGAAAAUGCUUCAUUUUAUAUUCCCGCUGAUCGGUUUGUUUCCACCUGUAUAUGGGACGAUCCAACGACGAUCGCGAUUAGCGCCUAUCGAUUAGCGAAUUGUGUUUUGUUCCAAAACCAACCUUUUCAUUCGCAUUUUAUUACAAACUCAGUGCAAACCUCAGUUUGAUUUGGGUUACUCAACGCGCGUGUGUUGUUUUCGUUGAUGCGCAACGGUUUUAUGUGCUGUAAACAAUGUAAAAUAGCCAACUUAGAAGCAGAAAAUGAAAAUCAAAAAAAUACAGAAUGCGUGUAUUAUAAAAGCGGAUUAAACGUUACUCCUCCCAAUAAUAGUCUGUUUAAUAUCUUAGCACUAAUCGUCAAGGCUUGCUAGUUUAGCAUUAGCACUUUAGUCACACGUAUAGAGGGUUAUACGCUAACUUUACCAGGGAUCCGUAGAUAGGCCGCCAUCUCAAUAGCGAACAGAAGUGCGCAAGAAACCUUCGAACCUUUUAUAAAUCACGCCCUGUUUUACGAUCACAGGGUGACUCUCAUGAGUUUAUGUUGCUUAGCGCGUAGCGCGUGUGGGAACGACAGACUACCGCAAAAGUAGGCUUUGGUUGUAAGUUUAUUUUUUUCACCACUUUUAUUCUACCGAAGGCAGGUAAUGCUCAGCUUGCCUUAGCAUAUCCCCCGUGUGUAGGGUGUACCGUGGACAUAACUAUCGGUACUGAUACAGCUGUUAUUAACAAAGUAGUGUAAGGAGUAAGUUAUCGAAAGAGAAAAAUAUUGAAAAACAUAAAAAAGCACUUACUCUCACACCAUAUUUAGAUGUUACCGUUACACACUACUCCCUACGGAAAGGUAACUAUAAUUUUUCAUCCCCUAUCUCGGUGCGCUUGUUUGAUGUGUAUUUUACGCUUUUACGAGGUUUCGACAGGGCGUAACAGACUGGUUUAAGUGAGAAACGCGAAACGGAGAGAAGAUGUGUGGGAAUUGAAUAAAUAUAACUGAAAAAGACCCAAAACAUU